UAGAGGGGGGUUGGGCUUAGAUUUGUUUGAGCCCAUAAUUUAGGUUAAUAACAACAUGCAUGACCGUAGAAGUCUCCCUGGGUACGUCUCAAUAGUCCAACGUCGCCCUUCUUCAUCUGGACUGAUCUGAGAAGAGAUGGACUGAUAAAAGACAGAUGCCUCACCUUGGCCUCUGUGAACACAGACAGCACCAGCAGGAUGAAGACAGCACAGACCAGAGCUUCGUUAAUGUUGAAGAGGGUUGAGUCUCUGAACAGCAAAAGCGUAUCUGUGUUUAUUUCAGCUAGAAGAUGAUGGGUCUGAAAGGGAUGUGUGCACCAUGACUGCAUGGGCACAAGUACAGAGAUCUGUUUUACAGUCAUGAGCAGUGUAAAUUAACUUUAAUAGGGCCUACAAAUAAUUGUUUUGAUAUUUGGCACUAGUGAAACAAAUGGGUAUUUUUGUAUUCUUCAAUUUUAUUUCCAUAUAUGCCAAUAGCCCCAUUUAAUGUAUUGUAUUGCGUUGUAUUGUUAUGUUUUGUAUAGCAUGCAUGGUAUGUAUUCUGAUCUAGGGCUAGGUGUGUGACAACUUUUGAAACAAAAGUAGACUAGUGUUUGGGUACAUCAUUCCGUUUAUAUCAAUGUUUGUCGAUGGAUGAUUACAAUGUCAUAUUUUGAAUAACAAUGUAUCACUUUAAAUUUCAACGUAUCCCUUUGGCUGGUUCUUCACCUUGUGAAGGAGGGUGUAUUUAAUUCUGGAACCAGCAACGAGCCAAUGAAAUGUCACGAUCCACGUUACCAAUGGCAACGAACUCCAAACAAUCCUCUAGAUGUAAAAGAAGAGCAAGCACAAUAUUCCAACCUACAGAAUCUAGAGUCAUUCACUUGUAAGUUAUUCAUAAAUUCCUAGCAUGACGAAUACAAGUUAAUUUCGUUUAUUAAGCCUAUUAACUGAACCAAGUGUAGACUUUCAGGACAUUUAUUUAGCGUUUUUAGCUGCUAUGUGCUUCAAUGUCAACCAGGUGCUCAUAAAUAUUGUCUUUUUUUUAACUUUCAUUGUUGAAUCACAAAAUGACCUCUACACUAGUCUGCUAGCCAUUUGUGCAUCCUAUUUGUGCAUCCCAAGUGUUUUAUGAACGUAAGGAGAUGAGCUCACCACUUUCAAUGUUGAGGAAAAACCGACGUGUUCCUCUUCCUGGGCCCAUGAACCAGCAAGGGAGAAGAGUGCCUUUCAAGGAGAAUCCAUUUGCAGAAUAUGAAGCUACUCUGCUGAGUGAUGUAUCUGCUUUGAAUCGCCCUACGCCUCAGGCUCAAGCCACUGAUAUUGCCUGUCCUUCCAAAUCAAAAGCCAAACAAAGGAAAAGCAACAGUUGUUGUGCACCCCCUAGUGAUUUUGAGCUGAUGUCCUCUAUGAUGCAGAGGCUGACCCUGCUGGAGACCAAGGUGAAGACCCAAGCCCUGGACAUUGACCACAAGGAGAAAAUAAUUACAGCUCUGGAGGAGAAAAUGAAGCUUCUUCAGAAGUCAACAGAGAAAAACAGUGAUAGGUGCAGAGAGGAUGAGCUCAUAAAAACAUGCCACAAGCUUCAGGGCCAGGUAUUUGAGAUGGAGCGGUUUCUGAACGACUACGGCAUGAUCUGGGUGGGGAGCGGAGAGGAGCACGACACAGCCAGUCAACAGGAAGCAGAGGAAGCUGAGCAGACCCAGAGCUCCGAGAGAGGGGUGUGGCAACCAGAGACCUCUGUGGCCAGGAGGAACUUCCAGAUAAACUUUGACCUGGUGCUCCAGAACAUCCAGCAGUUGAACAUCUUGGCUGGGGAGGGAGAGUCCUACGUCAGGGUCACGUCCAGAGGGGCACAGCUGGCCCAGCAGCACCUCAUUCCACUACGGCUCUACAGCAAUGGCAUCUUCAUGUUCAAUGGGCCCUUCCGCUCUUACCAGGAAGCCAGCACACAGCAGUGCAUGCAAGACCUGAUGGACGGAUACUUCCCUUCUGAGCUACAGGACAGGUUUGCAGACGGGGUGCCCUUUCAGGUUCACGACAGGCGAGAGGAGGAGUUCCACGAGAGGCGACCGUGGGCGGAGUUCCCUGGGAAGGGGCAGGCUGUGGUUGGAUGUACAGAGGGGGAGAAAUCAACAGACAGCUUAGAACACGCCUACUGUACCGUCUCCCAGAUACCCGGCAGAAAACUGACAAUGGACCAAUUCCUGAACAGGCUGCCCAAGGUGGUGGUGAAGGCUGGUAGAGUGAUUGACAUCAGGGACUCCGUGAAAGCCAGUCUGCAGGGCUCUUCUGAUGCUUCAAACAGCCAUGCUGUGACCCUCAUAGACACACCAGAGCUACAGGCCAUGAAAGAGAGGUUGGAGUUGCACGAGACUGAUCCCCCCAACUCGGCCCGUGAUGUCACCACACUGAGGGUGAAGUCAGAGGAUGGCGAGCACACCUACAUCAUAAAAAUGCGUUUCUCAGAGACCAUAGGUCACCUGCGCCAGUAUCUGGACAAGCACAGAUGGACAGAUGCCACAGCAUAUGACAUCAUCAGUGCGUUCCCACAGCGGCGGUACAGUGAGGACUCUCAGACACUCCUCUCCUGUGGGCUCACUCCCAAUGCUGCUCUGCUGCUUAGGACUAGGCCAGGCCCCCCUCAAUGACGGAACAACAAAUCGCCUUGUCACUCUCCUCAUGGUUAUAAAAUACUGCAUUUACUUUCAUAAACACGUAUAUUCAGAUCUGAUAGGGAUGUGACACUAGGGGGUGCCAACACUUAAAUAACUAUCUUUUCCAGGAUCAUGACAUGGGAAAAUCCUAAAUUCCAUAGGAACACUUGCAUAAUUAUUGAUGUAGAUAAUUCACCUUGAACCAUGACUGCUUAAAAAAAAAAAAAAAGUAGAUUUAGCAAAAUAACAUUGCAUGAGCAAGAUGCAAGACUUCGCUCUCACACACACAGUAUUUGUACAUGGGCAUGGGUUCGCUUCACACUCUUAGGGACCAAAACAGCAGAGACAUUUAGCCUGGCGCGCCAAUGAUCUUAGUUGUUGCGGAAAAUUGGCCCACUAUGCAUCCAUGUCAUAUCGCUGACUCUACCUUUAAAAUGUAAGGAUUUCAAAGUAAAUUACAAUUCAUCAUGUAGGGAUCACCAAGCCAACUUAUUGAAAACAAACUUUAUUUCUAAAAUGUGUAAA